AUGAUUUUGCUUUAUUCCGGCAGUCAGCGAAAGCUCACUAAAACGUCAGCAUACUCUCCCAAAACAUUCACAGCUGACGCUGUUGGGAGCACAAGCAUAAAAUUCGUCUGGACUCUACCGAACCAAACACUGGACAACCUAAUCGUGAUCGCACAGACGAUAUCUGCUGACUCAGGUGGAUCGAAAACUGUUGCAGCAAAAGCAGGUGAAACCACGGUAGUGGUUGAGGAUCUUAAACCCCUUACUACGUAUACGGCAACUUUGCUCGUCAGUAAUGCUAAUGCCAACGCCAAGGACACUUCUGAAGAUGAACACCUGGUGUUAACAGCUCCAAAUCCGCCAACAAUAAGCAUUCCCACUGUUGGUGGCACUUGGAUCCAGGUUAAAUUUGAACCAAUGCCUGGUGGCGAUGCUAUGGGUCUCGUGUACAGCGCUGAGACAACGGACGAAAGCGGAGGCGCAUAUGGUUGCUCAGUUAAAUCCAGUAAUCAAGACGCUGUCUGUACAAUUGAGCAACUGCAACCCUCAAAGGAUUACACGAUUACCGCUAAGGCCUGCGUUGGGACGACAUGCAGCGAGGCGGCACCAGCGCAACAUGUUACAACGGACAACAAAGCUCCAGCCACUGAAACUACAAUGUUCACGACUCUGUCCACGACUGCGUCCACAGAUACUACAACCAGCGGUAAGUAG